CAUUUAUAAGAUAGAAUGAAUCCAACGUGAUAUUCCACAAGUAACUUUCUAACAAUGAAAAGUGUCAGUACACUGGUAUUGUUUUGCGUUUUGGCAGUUGUGGCUGCUCAAAAUGGAUAUAAUAGUAAAUACAAUAACGUAGACGUUGAUAAAAUUUUAAAAAAUGAUCGGGUGUUGACUAAUUACGUCAAGUGUUUGAUGGAAGAAGGGCCUUGUACACCUGAGGGGAGGGAAUUGAGGAAAACACUUCCAGAUGCUCUGAAGACCGGAUGCGAUAAGUGCAAUCCAAACCAAAGAAGUACAGCAGAAAAGGUUAUGAAAUAUCUAAUGACCAAGAGAGCCGGAGACUGGGAGAGACUCACAAAGAAAUUUGAUCCUCAAGGACUCUACAAGAAAAGAUACCAGGAGCAAUUGGAGAAGGCAGGCAAAUCUGCAUGAUGGAUAAUAACAUCUGAGUCAAUGUCAUUAUAAUUGUAGAGAUGUUGGUUGUUACGAAUGCUAUUAUAAAAAUAGCUGCAUAUUGUUUGGCUGUUUCUGAAUAUUUCAACUGUUAUCAAAAACAAAAAUGUAAGAUCCGUGACAAUCGGUAAUGCUUUCUAAUUUGUUACAAAAUGUGAUUCAUCUUCAUUUCUCACAUCUGAACUCGGUGAAGAAGUCAGUAUUACUUUUAAUAAUAUAUGUAUUGUUGCAUCAUCCUCAAUAUGUUGUACCAUACCUCAUUGUAUAUAUCUUUCAAACAUUUAAUGUACUCCUGAGAUGUAUCGCUCUGUCCACAAAUAUGUAUAAUUUUCUCAUGAAUCAUGUGUAAAACUCUCUUAUAUUCAAACUAUAAAAUAAAACAAUAUUUACAUGAAGUAUGAAAAUA